AUGUAUCGAUACUUCAAGCCGAAAGCCGAUGGAUCACCCAAGUGUUCGAAGGAGGCCUUAGAUUUGUAUCAAUCUGAUGAGGGGCGUGCCAAGCUAAAGGCGCUCCUCUUGAAACACGGCGAGUGGAAGCAAGUUGAGGUUUCGAUUAAGAGGUGGCAUGAAAAGAAGGUCAGGUUUGAGAAGAAAGGAGGUUGGUAUACACGUGUUUGGUUGAUGGCAGAAAGGCACUGGACCAAGCGCAUGGCAGACAAUGCAUUUGAGUGGGCUGAAAAGCACCACAAGAAACGUCGCAAUGCUGUGCACGGGGAGGAAGAGAUAGCUCUUGUAUUGGACGAUGAGUUCAUGUUCUCUACAGAGUACGGUGAGAACAUGGAAAUGCAUGCUGACUUUACGCUGGAGGACGAAGAUGCUGCUCUGCUUGAUUCCAACUUCGUGCCAUCGAUGCAGGCCAACUCAGGCAGCCUAACCGACUUUAUGAUUGACAAGACCCAGGCUGAGGAUCCAGACGGUGACAGGAAUCAAUCUGUCAGGGCUGAUUCAUCUUCCUUCAAGCUAUGCUACCCAAGUCUGAAGCAGAAUGCGUCUCAAACCUCGUUGCUACCUUCUUUUGUGUCAGUUUGCACCCGCAAACUGGACAACACGCAGAGGAUCUUAGUGACCCGGCGUGCAGCGAACGGUUUGCCUGCACCUAGGCUGGCAGAUCAAAUCGAUCAAGUUGUUGCGCAAUUGAAAAUUACACACAAAAGGAUGAUGGACAUCCAUGGGGAAAUCUUGGUUGACCCAGGGAGGAGCGCUUGCGUGUGCGUGCCCAUGAAGCCCAGUCCACCACCCCUCCUUCUUCACGAACUUGGCCGAUCUGCAGGAACUUCGAGGCGGAGCUCCAAGGCCUUUACGCCAAGCCCCAGCGAUGUGGACAUCGCUGAGGAGUUGGUGCUUGGGGUGGAAGCAGGCUCUGUACCAUGUUAUAGGGCCACCCGCCUUGCAGGGCUUUUAUCCCAGAAGUUCAGAAAACACGGAAUUCCAGAUCGCAAUCUUUCAUCGCUAGCUUCAAGCACCACAAACUCGUGCCGUCAACUUCACCGCUAUGUUGCCAGAACUGGUAGAAGGCUUCCUUGCAAGGUGGUUCACGUCAAGACACCUGUGCGGAAGAUUAUGAAAGGUACAGUAGGGUAUGUCGAGGUGAACACCGACUUCCCAACGCUGCCUCUGUCCGAGUGGAUGGAGACUUCCUUUGACCUUGGGGGCCACUUCUUCCUUGGCGGAUCAGGUGGUGAAGACUUUGCGGCGUUUUCCGACAUCCUACUCGACUGGUGGCGGGCCUAUCGGGAAGUGGACCCAUCUUUGCCCCUAUUCAACGAUUUUGAUGAAUCAGAAUAUCGAUAUUGCCUGCCAAUGGCAUUGCAUGGGGACGAAGGUCGUGGUAGAUACAAACGGCCCAUAAUGGUGUUCAGCUUCCAGCCGCUGAUCACGAACUUCAACAACCAAACAAAUAUGAAAAGAUCAACCUAUUGCACUCGACUUUUGUAUGCCGCUGUUCCAUCAGCUAUGUAUGCCAAGAAUGAUAAGACCUUCGAUGCAUUGAUCCAUGCGCUGGUGGAUGAUUGGAACCGCUUGUACCGCGAGGGAUUCCAGGCCAACAUCGAUGGGGCUAGUGUGAAGCUGCGGCCAAUUUUUUGUGGAGUCAAAGGCGAUUGGCCUUUCCUCAGGAAGGUCUACAAGCUCAAGACCGGCUUUCAAGCUCGCGUCCAAAGAAAGUGCCACCACUGCGCAUGCCCGGAUUGGUGGGACCUUUCACCUGAGGGGGGUCUGCGAAAUUUGCUACCUGACCAUGAGAACCCUUCGCCCUACAAAGCUAAUCAGAGAUCCCUUCUAUUCGAUCUUCCUGGUGGGUCUUGCACGAAGCUGAUCCGGACAGACCCAGCCCACACUUAUCACAUAGGGUACGGCAAGGAUGAGAAUGCCAGCAUCAUUGUGGAGCUGAUGGCUGUUGGCCACUUUGGUGGGGGAUCCAUUUGGAAGAAGAUGGAUGCCGCCUUUCAACGCUUCUCUGCAUAUUGUGCGAAGUACAAGAAGCAUACAUCCAUCACUGAAUUCUCCAAAAAGCUCUUCAAAAUCCAGCAGGGGUCGAAGUGUUUCCCUUGUGGGGGAGGAAAAGGACACGACACGGCCUGCUUGGGGGCCUGGCUCGAAGAAGAGCUGGCCUUGGUGGAGACUGCAUCGUUGGAACCAUUGCAUCGCGACAUUGUGGAAGUCAUGAAGCUUAUGAACAAGUCUAGCUGCAAGUUUUGGCGACUUCUCUACAGCAAUGGGAUGUUCCUUCAUCGACCGGCUGCAGAGGAAGCUAUUUCUGCUGGUUGGGCGAUGGUGGAGUCGUAUGCUUGCCUCAGCAGCCUGACUGCCCGUAACGGCUUGGCAUUGUUCCGAAUGCGGCCCAAGGUUCACAUGCAGGGUCACAUAGUGCAAGCAGUUGAACACGAUCUUUUGACGGCAGGUUUUGCCAUCAACCCAUCAGUUUGGAUGUGUUGGUCCGAUGAGGAUUUCAUCGGAAAGGUUGCCAGAACUAGCCGCAGGCAGCAUGCCAGAACAUGUCCGCUUCGAACAAUCCAAGUGAGUUUGAUGAGCUACCAGCGCCAAUGGCGACACUCCUUUACCAACUGUAGCCGCUGA